AUGCGCAAAUUGAUCAAACAACAUGAAGAGAAAGAACAGAAGAGUACCGUUGAUGAGCCUACUGAAGGAGCUAUUCCUACAUAUUUGUUGGACAGACAGAAGCAAGCUGUUGGCAAAGCGAUUUCUUCGGCUAUUAAACAAAAGCGCAAGGAGAAAGCUGCGAAAUAUCAAGUGCCAUUACCAAAAGUUAAAGCGGUUAGUGAUGCAGAAGCUUUCAAAGUAGUCAGCACAGGAAAAAGUCGAAGAAAGGGUUGGAAAAGAAUGGUCACUAAAGUAACCUAUGUUGGCGAGACGUUUACAAGGAAACCGGCGAAAUUUGAACGUUUUAUUCGACCAAUGGGAUUACGAUUUAGAAAGGCGCAUGUAACUCAUCCCGAAUUGCGUACAACUUUUUGCUUGUCAAUAACUGGUGUUAAAAAGAAUCCGUCUUCACAACUUUAUACUUCGCUUGGUGUAAUAACUAAAGGAACAAUUAUUGAAGUAAAUGUCAGUGAACUUGGAAUGGUAACUCAAGGUGGAAAAGUUGUUUGGGCUAAAUAUGCACAAGUAACAAAUCAUCCAGAAAAUGAUGGAUGUAUUAAUGCACUUUUGUUGAUUUAA